GUGACCCACACUGAGACACUUCACCACUGUUAGACAGUGGACAGAAAGGCCAAACUGUGAAGACAAAUACCAUCUACCAAACUUCCUGAGGAGGUCCCGGGACACAUCAGCACUGAGUACCAUGAUGAUUAAGCCAUAUGUGAGACAAGGCGAGGGAGAGGAGGUCAUCAGCCCUCUGCAGUGGAUGGACGGAGACAUGAGCUCACCUGAUGGAGAUGCAUCAGUCUCAUCACACCACUACAGAGCAGGUGGAGUAAACCAACAGGACAGGGAGAUGGGGAGUGAGGAUGCACAGGAAGACGAGGAGGAGGAUGAGGAAGAGGAGGGACAAGAGGAUGAAAACGAGUCCAAACGGCGCGGGCCCAAGAAAAAGCGUAUGACAAAGGCCCGGCAAGAGCGAUUCCGUGUGAGGCGUGUAAAGGCUAAUGCCAGGGAGCGCUCACGUAUGCACGGUCUAAAUGAUGCACUGGAAAACCUGCGCACCAUCAUGCCAUGUCACUCCAAAACACAGAAACUGUCCAAGAUCGAGACAUUACGGCUGGCGCGCAACUACAUCUGUGCUCUGUCUGAGGCCCUGGAGGGGGGCCUUUCCACAGAGAGCAGGGCCUUCAUGGAGACACUGUGUAAGGGCCUCUCACAGCCCACCAGCAACCUGGUGGCUGGCUGCUUGCAGCUUGGACCAGUUUCUGGUGCUGGGAUGAGGCCUGAGGACAGACACAGAGUGCAGGCAGCACCUGCUCCUCUCAGUGGCAUGGUGAGCUAUUCCUCUCCGGGCCUGCCAAGUCCGCCGUAUGGCACUUUUGACUCUGCUCACCUGCUUCACCUGAGGGCGAUGAAAGGAGGAGUGUACGAGAAUCACUCGCCAAAUGAGUAUAAUGGCGGCGGUGUGGGAACCCCUCCAUACGACGGCCCCCCUACACCACCUCUGAGCAUCAGCAGUAACCUGGUGCCCAAACAGGAGCCUUCUCCCCACUACCGACCCCCACACCACUACUCCCCCUCCCCUGUGGAUCAGGGCCUGUAUCAGACUCAGACCAGCUAUGACGUACACUUAGAAGGGCCGUACAACUCCUACCAUCCACAGCACAUGCCCCCCCGACAGAUAACCUCCGUCUACAGAGACUAAGAUGGAUCAGGAGGGUCAAUUCUGAUUCAGCUAUCAAUAAACCUGACUGAUCGUCUUCGCUCUUUAAUCCUUCAUGAACACUGACUGACACUGACUGAAGGACCGGUCUCUCUCAGAAGACAGUCUGCCCGUAGAGAAACUGUAGAAUAAAAAUGGUUUGUUUACAUGUGUGGUGCACUGCUGAACAUUGUUAAAAUUAGAAAAUACUUGACUUAAACCAAUAUAUUUUCUUAAAACACUGAUUACCAAAUAAUGUAAGGACCUCGGGGAGUCCUAACAGGAAAUGGUGCUUUGGCCAUUUUGAACAUAUGUUCUGUUACUGUGAUAUAAUCACUUCUAAUUUAACUUUGGUAACAUCAGAUAUUCUACAUAAAUUUAAAGUAUUUUUAUUUAUUCUCUAAUUUAAUACAGUGUAUAUGGACUUUGUUCUGAUGUGCAGGUGUGUAUCUGGUUUUCCUUUUGUACAUAUUUGUGAAGGCUUCUUUUUGUUUGCUACUUAGACUGAUAGUUCAACUCUUGUAUUACUUUUGUGUCCUUUUCUUUUGUUGUUUAUUACUGUAUUUCAUGUUUUGCACUCAAAACAUAUUUCAGAGGUAGAUUUCGUAGCACUAUGUAGCUGAUCUUUGCAACCUGUUGUCUACAGAAGGUACAGAAAAUGCUUUUCAUUAAACAUGGAUCAAGGUGAAGAACCAAAAACGUCAU